CCGUUCCUUAGAUUGAUGCUUGCAGUGACGUUGAUCAAAGCAAAUGUGGAAUGCAUUGAACUUGGCUUGUUUCUUUUUAUCACAACGCACGCUUGUAUUGCUCGGGUCCUUGCCAAAUUUGGCAAAUUUUAAUGGCGAUUUAUUGCCUCAAUGAUAGCAUUAACAGGGUCGUGUUCGAAACUGCCGAUUUAGAUAAUUAGUGCGUUGUCGGAAACGUGCGGGGUUGAAUGCGUAUAUUCAACACUGUGACCAUGGCGAUCCGCGGCGGGUGGGAGGAUUGGUUUUGUGUUAUAUAGCAGUGAGCGAUUGUUUCAAUAACUGUCAAUCAGUGUUCACGGGUUAGCCAAUUCGUGCACAAGUGCUCCACAAGCCGUGAAUAUUCACCAUGAAGGCCCUCGUCACGUGUAUGGUUUUCCUCCUGCCCUGCCUGGCAGCCGCGUGGCCCGCUCUCCCUGCUGGCGCCGACGUCGGCGCCGAUGUCGAUCAAAUGCUCAGGAAGCUCAACGUGUCGGCCGAGUCACGGCUCGGGGGUGCACUGAUGGCCUACUUGCAGGCGCGACGGAACACCACCCGCUGGCAGCACCGACGCAACGUCACGCAGAACAUCCUGAACGCCCUCACCGGCAAUAGAGGUCCGACCUCCAACGAGGAUGAGGACGAAUAUGAGGACUAUGAGGAGUACCCUGAUUUGGAACUGACGCCCGAGGCCAUUCUCAUCUUUGUCCUGGAGCUGUUCGGGACAAUGAUUGGACUCACCUGGGGAGCCGUGUCAACAAUAUUUGGCUGAGCUAAAAUUUAAUGCUUUAGAAAAAAAAGUAUGCGGUUCUUGCGUGUAAUUGAAAGUUAAGUUUUAAAAGCUUUCUGCUCUCUGGCUUAAAAUGCCCGUAUUUUUAAUUGGGGGCAUUUUUGAACGCAUUCUCAGCAUGACUCGUUACUGAAAUGCCUAAAAUGCACUAAAUUGGCAUACUAAUCCACAUAUUGUAAGUUGAUUGCAUUUAUUUCUCAACCGCAAAGUAGGAAUGAUGGAUUGAUUGAUGUCCCUAUUGCAAAUGGCUGUGAUUUAGUUUAUAUUUGUCAGUACAAAUUGAUGUUUGCUGGACUCCGAGCUUUUUCUCUUAAAUGAUUUAAUGAUAUAUUUGAAUGCGUGUUCAACUUUUUAAAAUCCGAAAUAUAGCUGCAGUGAUACACACAAAUAGUUGUAUAAAAAGAAACUAGUCUUAAUUCAAAUUAUUAAUAACUUGUUUUUCUUCUAAAAUAGUGUACAGAAAAGUAUCAUCAUGUCAUUUUCAAUACUGUCUUCUCAGCGUUGAAUAAAACUAAUUUAUUGAAUAAAUCCAAGUGCGCAUGCAAAUCAUUUGUAUAAAUUGCUCAAUCACCUCAAGUUCUAAAAAUAGAAACAUCACCUUAGUUUAUGCAUG